GUCAUUGUACAUCCCCCCCAAGCCCAGCUCAGACCUACUGGAGUGUGAGGAGGAGAACUAUGUGGACUGGAGCUCAGCCCAGAGCGAAAGCCUAACGGCAUACGAGGCCACCCACAACCACUUCUUCUAAACAACCCUCCAGGCGACGGUGAAACCUGCAGCGACUGCAUCCCUGUCUCGCCCGUCAUCAUCAUCAUCAUCAUCAUCAUCAUCAUCAUCAUCAUCAUCAUCACCACCACCAUCAUUGCCAUCCUCAGUAGAGUGGGGAGUGUGGUCCUGCUGCUGGUGACAGGUCCAAGGGAUGAUCAGGGACUCCUCCAAAUGACAGGAACUGUUGCGUCGACGCACAACGCUGAAAGGAGCCAGCUUACUGGAAAGAUUGUGAGCUUGAGGGACUCAACAACUGUAAAGAACUGUUUAUUGACCACAGGAAAAGGGAAAGGCCUGCUCUGUAUUCUGGACGUCUGUUGCCUUUAGUGCAGCUGGGCAGAAAGAAAGGGUUCUAAUUGACUGCUCCCUGAGAAGUGGACAAUAUAAAGGUGUCUUUGGAAGAAACAAAAAGAGACAUACUGAAGGGUGAGUAAAAGGUCUCUUCUGCCUGAGAGAAAAACAAGUGAAAAGGAAAAAAAAACUAUAAAAGUGAAAAGGUAGAGGAAAAAAGACAGGUAGAAUGGCUAACUCUGGAUUUCAGCUCCUGGGCUACUUCUUGGCCCUAGGAGGAUGGAUUGGCAUCAUCUCCACCACAGCUCUACCCCAGUGGAAACAGUCGUCCUACGCGGGAGAUGCCAUCAUCAUGGCGGUGGGGCUGUACGAGGGCCUGUGGAUGUCCUGUGCCUCUCAGAGCACGGGGCAGGUGCAGUGCAAGAUCUUCGACUCCCUUCUAUCACUGGAUGUGCACAUCCAGACGUGCCGUGCCUUGAUGGUCAUCUCGGUGUUGAUGGGCUUCAUUGGCAUCAUCGUCAGCGUAGUAGGCAUGAAGUGCACCAAGGUGGGCGACAACAACCCAGCCACAAAGAGCCGCAUUGCAAUCACCGGAGGAGCUCUCUUCCUUCUGGCUGGAUUGUGUACACUCGUAUCUGUCUCCUGGUACGCCACUCAAGUUUCCUAUCACUUCUUUGACCCCAAUACACCUGUCAAUGCCAGGUACGAGUUUGGCUCUGCGCUGUUCGUGGGAUGGGCAGCGGCCAGCCUGACCAUCCUGGGUGGCUCCUUCCUGUGCUGUUCCUGCUCCAACGAGGACAGAAGGGGGCAGCAGUACUACCGGCAAUCACAGCCCUCUACAGCCAGGGAGGCUGAGUUGUUGAGUGAGACUAGCUUCCCCGACUGACCAAACCCCCCAGCCUUUUUUCGAAGACUGUUCCGAGCUCCACUGUCUGUUUCCGUUCGUCCCCCUCUGCUCCUCCUCCUCCUCCUCCUCCCACCUUCACCCAAAACUGGGAGCCUUGUCACUCCUGCUAGAGAAAACUCUGUUCGCUCCUUCUCCCUUCUUGAGAUGUAUUUUCUGUUUUUAGCCACAUGUGAUAUUUAAAUAAGGUUGAAAAAAAUGUUGUCCCUAUUGCACCUGUAAUAAUCUUCACCUUUCCCCCCGCAAGUCCUGCCUCUGUAAAUAUGAUUUCUUUAGGAUAUAUAUCUGUGCAAACACCCUGUAUGACAGGACAUUCUUACCUGCAUGUGUACACAUGACUGGUGAAAAAAGUGUGUGUUUAUUUUUGUUUGAUUUAUUUGACCUUACUUCAUGUUUAUGUAUGCUUGUUUAAUUUUUAAGUCUUGUGAACAUCUACAGACGUGACUUUAUUUUGAUUUUUCGGCUUCUUGUGUCUUCAUUUGUUAAAGUUUUUGUUUCAGUCUCAAGUGUACAAUUGUCCUUAAACAUGUUCUUUUCUUCUAAAUUGCAGACCAAAUGUUAAAAGUUCUCCACCAGAGAAAAGAGAGGAGUACUUAUAGUUUGGGAGAGUGAACGACACCGCUGAGUCACACAUUAUUAGAGACACUCUCUCUAGGAGACAAAAAAAAGAGAAUGGCAAAAGAGAAAAUGUAAGAUGUAACAACACCAUAUGUGCCACAGAGAGACCACAAACGGAGUAUACUUCUGCAAUAAACACAUUUACCAAACAUGUAUGUUGUUAAAGCUUAGCCACUCCAUAAACAACUGUACUGUACUGCGCAACAUUGCUUUUCUAUGAGUGAUGUGCUUGACAACCAAUUCAUACUUUGAUGGUGCAGGGUUUACUCAUUAGUCAAUAAAGUGUGGUAUAUGCAAUGUUUAUUUGGUUUGUAACUCCAUAUAUACAUAGAUAUUAAUUAGGCUGACAUAUAGGUGCCUUCUGGAGGCUUGGUAAAUGUAAAGAUUCAUGGCAUUUUGGGUGCAACUUCUUUCAGGGUAAACAGUGAUGAAACAAGCAUGCAACUAUGUUCUGUUAUUUCCUUGUAUAUUUUAAUUCACAUCGAGUUAAAUUGUUAUCUUUGGUUCUUUAUGUUUAUUUUGUAUGUUUUGUUUUACUUUUUAUUUUUUUGCUAAUUGCCAUCUCUCAGAAUUUGUAAAGCCUUUCUGGAGCGUAUGUUCUUUUUUUGUUUGUUAAAAGCAACUAUAAUCAAGCUCUUUCUGUGCAUAAAAUAGAAACACCAGAGAUCCAUUGCAGCUAAUUUGAUAGAUCAUGUUGGAAGAGUGUAGUCAAACACACAUUGAGAUUUAGGGUUUAAGAAUUAAAGAAACAAACAAGUGAGCCAACUUCUAAAGAAGCCCCUUUUGAUUAUUACAUUGAGUCCCAUAGUGCAAAUAUGAUUUGUGUUGAUGAAUGGUACACUGCAUUCAGCAUGCAUUGAAACGCACUGUUGACCGGAGAAGCUUUGUCACAUAGCGGGGUUGAAAAAAUGUAAUGGCAAUAUUUUGUGGAAUGUAAUCCCAGAUAUUUUAGUUGCAUAUGUUGUCAUAGAAUAUCCUUCCUAAUAUUCACCUUCAUGUAUCAUCUCAUAUAAACUGUUAUCAUCUCUGUUUAUCUGUUUUGACAUAAAUAAAUACAGAAAAAGU